CUAUGACGUAACAAUGCCACGCGUCUAGAGCCUUGUUAGAAGGGGGAAAAUAUAGGGAGGUGGUCCUGGGAUUUGGGGGGCUACAGAUUCGGGAGUCAUGCAUUUUUCUUUUAAAUGCGUUCUUUUCUUGCAGGCUUUAAGCCUCUUUUCUUCCUUUAUCCAGGGACAAAAACUAGGGGAAGGUAUGGAUGAAGUGAAAAUAGAAGUUUUACAUCUUCCAGAAAACUGUUCUUCCAAAAGCAAGAAGGGGGACCUGCUAAAUGCCCACUAUGAUGGCUACUUGGCAAACGGCACCAAAUUCUACUGCAGCCGGACACAAAAUAAAGGUCACCCAAAAUGGUUUGUUCUUGGUGUUGGGCAAGUAAUAAAAGGCCUAGAUAUUGCUAUGAUGGGUAUGUGUUCUGGAGAAAAAAGAAAAGUGACAAUACCUCCUUCACUGGCCUAUGGAAAGGAAGGCUCUGCGCAAGGUUUGAUUCCACCAGACGCAACACUGAUUUUUGAAAUUGAACUCUAUGCAGUAACCAAAGGACCCCGAAGCAUUGAAACAUUUAAGCAGAUAGAUGUGGACAAUGAUAAGAAACUUUCUAAAACUGAGAUCAAUCAUUAUUUGAAAAAGGAAUUUGAGAAAGAUGAUAAACCACAUGAUCAGUCAUAUCAUAAUUCCGUGUUAGAAGAUAUUUUUAAGAAAAAUGACCAUGAUGGAGAUGGCUUCAUUUCUUCGAAGGAAUAUAAUGUAUAUCAACAUGAUGAACUAUAGGAUAUUCUUUAUAAAUUUAUUUGACUAUCUUUUGUAUUAUCUACAAAAUUAUUUUUUCCUAUAUUUUUUCAAGUCCUGUGUCUAACACAUGUAGUUGUGUGACCCUACAUAGGAAAAGUGCUGAUCUGCAUUGGUAGAGGGAGUUUCUUCACCUGAGAGAUCCUUAUAUUAAUGAAAUAACAGGAUCAGUCCUCAUUCCUAUAAUUGUUUUUAAUUUUAACAUUCUUUGUAUGUCUUCUUUUUAUAGUGACAUUAAAAAUUAGGGAUACUUUGUAGCGUAGACAAAUAAGACCUUCUAAAUCUACAUAAAGGUAUUUUGUCCUUAAGCAUCUUCAUGACAGAGAAAAUACAGAAAUCUGAUCUUUGCAAUAGAUUUGAAGUAGCAGUAAAGGAGCCUUAUAACCUCAGAUCUUUAAAUGCACAUUCAAUAAUAACAACCUGUUUCUCAAAAUCUAGUUCACUUAACUUUGUUUAUGAAACCUUAGGUUUAGAGAAUUCUUAAUGUCCUUUUAAUAUGAUACUGCAAUUAAAUAUGUAUGAUUACAUUAAAUUAUUAACAUUUUUCUCAUUUUA